CCUUUCCGACGACAAGUCCUGAAUCUCAUAUAAAUACUCCGAACGGUGGAUCUCGUCGCCAAUUUGCAAAUAGCAACAAAACGACCAUGUUGAAGCACACGGGUUCUCUCCUCCUUCUCCUCUCACUUGCGGUGUCUCCGAGUGUGCAGCUCUGCGCCCCGGACUGCAUGGGCGUGGACCCCGGAACCAGCGUGCGGGACCCCACCGACUGCACCAGGUACUACGUCUGCGUCGACGCUUCUGGCGACGGCGUCUUAUUGCCCUCUGAGCCAGUCAACUGCCCCGACGGCCAGUACUUCAACGAGUACCACACCGUGCCUCGCUGCGACCCCAUAAGCAGCGCCCCGAGCGACUUCUGCUCUGACCUGUGCAACCCGUGCGAGCCUCACUGCGGCAGCCCGGGGGCCCUCACGCCGCACCCGACCACGUGCUACAAGUACUACGUCUGCCUUCAGAACGACCACUACCUCGAGGAAGAAUGCUCUCCCCCCAACCUCUACUUCGACUACAUGACGGGUGCGUGCCAGACCGACAACUCCGUCUGCUACACCUACUGCGACGUCUGCGAGCCUCACUGCACCCAGCAAAACGAACGCGUCCCGGACCCCACCGACUGCCACAGGUUCUACCUCUGCACGCCGCCCACCAUGUCGAACUUCCUCUGCCCGCACAACCAGGUCUUCAACAGGGCGACGCGGGAGUGCGAGGACGGGGCGCCGUGCGUGGUCGACUGCCCUGCAUCGUAGAUUUCAUGAUUCAUAGUCAGCAUUUUAAACAUCUAAAGUUAACAUCGAGUAACAGGAAUAUAAUUGUGUAAGCCAUGUAAAAGAGAAAUAGACAUAAAAAUGAAAGAAAA